CGGAUUGCCAUCAUUGGCGCCGGCGCCAGUGGCCUGGUCAGCACCAAAUGCUGCUUGGACGAGGGCUUGGAGCCAGUCUGCUUUGAGAGGAGCGAUGACAUCGGAGGGCUGUGGAACUUCCAGGAGACGGUGUCAGACCUCAAGGGCUGCGUCUACAAGUCGUUGAUCAGCAACUCCUCCAAGGAAAUGAUGUGCUACAGUGAUUUUCCAUUCCCUGAUGACUAUCCCAACUUCAUGCAUAAUACCAGAAUUCUGCAGUACCUGCGUCUAUACAUCCAGAAAUUUGAUCUGAUGAAAUACAUACAGCUGAAGACCGACGUGUGUAGCGUCGUGAGGAGAGAAGACUUCUCCUCGACCGGCCAGUGGGAUGUGACAACGAAAGACAGCGAGGGGAAUACGAAAACCUCGAUUUUCGAUGCAAUCAUGGUCUGCACUGGUCACCACUGCUACCCACAUAUGCCGCUGGACUCAUUCCCUGGCAUCGAGAAGUUCAAAGGUCAGUACUCCCACAGUAAAAGCUACAGAGACCCCCAAAACUUCGAAGGGAAGCGAGUGGUGGUGAUCGGAGUCGGGAACACUGGAGGUGACCUCGCUGUGGACAUCAGCCGCACAGCUAAACAGGUCUUUCUUAGCACAAGAAGUGGUAUCUGGGUAUUCAGCCGCCUCGCCACUGAAGGGUAUCCUGUGGACAUGAUGCUGCACAAUCGUUACGCAUGUUUAAUGGGAAGUAUUUUCCCCGCUUCCCUUGUCAGCUCCUACUAUGAAAGAACCUUGAACAACCGGUUCAAUCACGCAAACUAUGGACUUCAGGCUAACCACCGGGCUCUCGUACGACAACCAAUGGUGAGCGAUGAGCUACCAAGUCGCAUUAUCUCAGGAGCCAUCCAGGUGAAGCCAAACGUGAAGCACUUUACCGAGACCUCUGCCGUUUUCGUCGAUGGAAGCGUGGAGGACAUCGAUAGCAUUCUAUUUGCGACAGGGUACUCUGUGGCUUAUCCAUUCCUGGAAGAAGCUGUCACCGAAGUGCGUGCCACCCAUGUUUCCCUCUACAAGCACGUCUUCCCGCCUCAAUUGGAGCAACCAACUUUAGCCAUUAUUGGACUCAUCGACCCACUGGUGGCGAUAAUGCCUAUAUCCGAAAUGCAGUCUCGUUGGGCAACCCGAGUUUUCAAAGGUUUAGCAAAAUUGCCUCCUGCUAAGGACAUGUUGGCCGAAAUAACCAACAGAGAAGAGAAGAUUCUGGACAGGAGUGGGGGUUCCCAGAAGCGCACCUUGAAAGUCGAUUACAUCCCAUACAUGGACGCUAUGGCGGAGCAGAUAGGAGCCAAACUGGACCUCAAGCACCUCUUCCUUGCCGACCCCCGACUGGCCUUUCAGAUCUUCUUCGGCCCGUGUUCGCCAUAUCAGUUUCGCCUGAUGGGACCCGGGAGGUGGGACGGGGCUCGGCAAGCCAUCUUGACCCAGUGGGACCGUGCCAUGAAGCCGACUAAGACGCGCAUUCUGGCUGGCAGUCAGGAGGAUGCCACUCUGUCGAUGCUGCUGAAGGCAAUGGCACUGCUGGUGGUCAUCUGUGCAGUGUUCCUUUUCCUAUAA